AAGUUAUUGCAAACAAAGGGCAAUAACGCCUAAAACUGAUGAAAUAGGGAAACUGUGACAUAAUGCGCUGUAGAACUUGCAUAUAAUUAUACAUGUAUUGUAGAGAUAAUUUUUCAUCGGACAUGCCUAAUAUAAAUGAACUCCGGAUAUAGAUUGUUUCAGAACGUGACAUGUCAGGAGGCAGAAGUCAUCGCCAGCAUAACUAUUCAGUAGAAUGCGGAUAUGAGUUGCAAGUAGACAUGUCCGGGGAAAUUUAUUUAGUUUCAACCGAGCUGUGGAUGCAUUGUAUUCAACUUUCACUGACCUUCGGUGAGGCGCAUGCGUGGAUCAUAAACAAUAAUUUACUGCAAACAUACAAAUGUCACAUGUGUUGCAUUAUCUACACGGAAAGUUAAGGUAAAAUUAACUUAAAAUCAAGAGCUAUCUCUCAAAAGUGGAAUUCAGAGAUUAUCCUGCCAUAAUUGGACUUGAUUUUUGAUGCAACAUGUGUAGCAAUAAAUGACAUAGACUUGUGUACAUAUAUACUAUACUUUUAUUAUGUUUAAUAUUAAAGGAUUACAGUGUGUUUUUCUUGCAUAAACAUCAAGCAUCAAAUGAACAGACCAAAUGAAAAAAAGUGAUUUAUUGGAACAAUUAGUAAAUAAUGACAUUGCAUAUGAAUGUCAACCCGUUCAAUUUGAAAUUGAAAUUGAAUUUGUUAUUUAAAGUUAUAAAUAUUUUUAGCGAUUUUCGGAACUGUAACGGGACUGUUACGACGAAUUCACCACAGUUUAUUAUGGGAAAUUACCAAGUGAGUAUUUUGUUAUAGAUAACUACGACUGAUGAACCGUGGGCAAACGAAACACUUUUUCGACCAACACAUAUAACAUUACGCGCUUGCUAUGUCGCAAAACAUUGGUAUACUAUCAUGGACCAACGACGAUGGCCAACAAGAAAAAAACAAAAGAAAAAUAUCCAGGCCGCUAUCAGUUUCAGAGACAAGUGCAACACCUACAUCACCCCAGCGAACUACGACUGAGUAUCAACCACCAACAAAUCUAGACACAAUGCAAACUGCGUCGCAAAGUCACCCCAUGACCUCUGCAACCACCAGUGCCGCAUACAAAGCUACAGCCGCUACCGCUAGCACUUCUACCACCGAUGACGCAAACAAAGCUACAGUAUCUGGAACUUCUAACACCAAUGACGCAUACAGAGCUACAGCCUCUAGCACCUCUACCGCCAAUGAGGCAUACACAGCUACAGCCUCUAGCACCUCCACCGCCAAUGACGCAUACACAACUACAGUCUCUAGCACAUCUACCACAAAUGCAGCAUACAAAGCUACAGCUGCUAGCACUUCUACCACCAAUUCCGCAUACGAUAUCACAGCGUCAGAAACUGCCACUUAUAUCAGCACAAGCCUUCAAAUCCCGACCGGAGUUUCUUCUGUCAGUCCGCACCAUCCGCGAGUAAACGCAGCCACAAUUUCUGGCGGGGUCGCUGGUGUGCUGGGACUGCUGAUCCUAGUGUUGCUCGUGAAGGUUUAUGUAAGACAGAGAAAGAUCAUCAAAGAAAGAGACAUUUUGAUGAUGUCGAUGUAUCUGACACCAAGGCAAACUCCACUUAAAAAACACCGUUUCAAAUACACAGCCAGUAAUGAAGAGCUAAAACAAGAGGAAGACGUCACUGAACAAGAGAGAGAUUCGUAUAUGGAACCGUUGGUUCACAGACAAAUAUGGCAGCUCUUAGAUAGGAGUCCCGUCCUUACCCGACGAGCUGAGGAGAAGGAAAAUAGGAAGGGCACAAUGUACAGCAGCAUACGGAUUUCCGAAAACACGGCCCAGAGGUUACAGUACAUUGCCCGGUGUUUGGGUCCAAACGAUGCCCUGUUGAAGAAGCAGAGCAUAACAUCCUUACAGACAUCCUUGAAUGAUGAUUACUCACAGGUUAAAACACCUGGUGCAAAGCGAAUGGAAUUAAAUGAUGCGCCACGCUGGAGCACGGAUUCAAAUCAUUACGAAUUUGUUGCAGGUAGCACUGUGGACGAAACAGAGGCAGAAAACACGGUAAUUUACGACGACGUCAUCCUUGAACAAACUGAACAAUUGCGAUACACAAAACCCCAGGUUGGAGACAACUUCAAUGCAAGAAUGGUUAGAUCCAGGAGCACGGAGUCGGUGUUAGAAGAAUGUCGGGGUAAUAAUCCGAAAAGGCUUACCACUGCACCUCGGAAUUCUACCAUUGAUAUUCGAGGAUCUGUCAUUGACAAUGUAAAACCCUUCACGUAUAAGCUUGUUGGGGAAAUGAAGUUGGUUACAAACGAAGGAUGAACCUUCUAUAGAUACUUAUAUAUGUAACGAACCUGCUUAUAGUUUUUUCGCCCUGGCAGUGCACGAUUAGCACGACCAGUGUGGCUUCUCAUGAUUUACUGGUGACAAUACCUUUACCUAUUGACUGUUAAGUGUCACUUCAGCCGUCUAACGUAUUUGGGAGGAGAGAGAACGUACACUAUCGAUUAUCUACUCUAAAUCGUUUAUUGUCUUUAUUUAGUGGCCAUUCUAUAUUUUUCCAAAUACUAGUAACUCUUUAAGCAUAUUCAUGGUCGAUUAUUAUUAUUAUUAUUAUUAUUAUUA